AUGGGCAGCAAGAAAAGAAAGGCCGGCCGCCCGGCGCAGCAGAAAUCUGCUCCAGAGCCCUCCAAGUUCGACAUCGAAGAGCGAUUUGACGACUCCGAAGAUGACUUCCAGACCGGCCGUGAUGAGAUUCUACUCGAUGAAGGCCCGGAGACCAAGAGACGACGCAGAGUUGCCGAGGAAGAGGAAUUAAUCCAACCUUCCGACGAAGAAGUUCUUGGUUACGAAUCUAUCGAUGAGGAUGACGAUCUCGAAGACGAAGAAGAAUACGACGAUGAUGAUGCUAUGGGCAAGCCCAAGAAGGGCGAUGAUUCAGAAGAGGAAGAUGAAGGUAUUGCUGCCUGGGGUUCUUCCAAAAAAGAUCUCUAUAAUGCAGACCAGAUCGACACCGAGGCCGAUGCAUUGGAGGAAGAACAGGAGGCCAAGCGACUGCAGAUGAAGCAGCUGGAGGCUAUGAAUGAAGCAGACUACGGUUUUGAUGAGUCCGAAUGGAUGGAUACUGGCAAGGAUGCUGAAGACGAAGCUACCGGCGUGGUAACUGAAGUGCUCCCGCAAUUGGAGAUCACCGACGAUAUGAGCACCGACGAGAAGCUGAAGAUUUUGAAGUCGAGAUACCCCGAGUUUGAACCAUUGGCGAAGGAUUUCGUUGAUCUUCAGACUGCCUACAAGGAUCUUCAACAAGCUGCCUCCAAUGCUCCCACAGACGAUGACUCUGCCGAGGAACCCCAACCAUCCCCAGUGCCCGUGGUCAAGUUCCGUGCGCUAUCUGCCUACCUUGGUACUAUCAGCAUGUACUUCAUGCUUCUCUCCUCUCCCUCCCCCGACGCGACUAGCGAACAUGUCCCGAUGACCCCCGCUGAACUCCGACAACACCCCGUAAUGGGAUCACUCGUGAAAUUCCGGAAGCUUUGGAACACCGUCAAGGAUCUCGAGGAGGAAGUCGAGGAGGAACCUACCCAGAAACCCAUCCAAGAGGUCAAAAUCCAACCAGCCAAGGCCAAGAAGCAAUCGAAGACCGAGACCAAGCAGAAGCAGAAGAAAUUGAGCAAGGCCGAGAUAGCACAGGCAGAAGCUGAGGCACUCCGCGCUGAGCGCAUCCGUCAAACAGAAGCCGGUCUCGCAGACCUCGAUAACCUCGCCACCGAGCCUAUCCGGAAGCGCAAGACCCAAAAGACAAAGACACCUAUCAAGGACGACGAUUCCGACUUCGGUGACGAAGACGCCCUCACAGCCCACGAGGCCGAGGAGAAGGCCAAGCAGAAGCGCUCUCUCCGUUUCUACACCUCUCAAAUCGCCCAGAAGUCCAACAAGCGUCAUGCGGCAGGCCGGGAUGCAGGCGGUGACGCCGAUCUUCCAUACCGCGAGCGUCUGCGCGAUCGCCAAGCCCGUCUCAACGCCGAGGCCGAGAAGCGUGGUAAGAAGCAACUCAAUCCCGACCAGGAGCUGGGUGGUGAAAGUGACGAGGAGGAUCAUCGCGUUGCCAAGGAGCUCCGCAAUGAGGGCAAGGGUGGCGACGAUGACGACGAAUACUACGACAUGGUGGCUGCUCGCUCUAAGAAGCUCAAGGGCGACAAGCAGGCCCGUGCGGACGCCUAUUCUGAGGCUGCGCGCCUUGGUGGAAAGGUCUACGAGCAGGAGGAGGUUGGUGCGGAUGGCAAGCGUGCUAUCACAUACCAGAUUCAGAAGAACAAGGGUCUACACGCGAAGCGCAGUAAGGAUUCACGGAACCCGCGUGUCAAGAAGAGAAAGAAGUACGAAGAGAAGAAGAAGAAGCUUGGUAGUAUCAAGCAGAUUUACAAGGGUGGUGAGGGCCGUGGUGGAUACGGUGGUGAACUUACGGGUAUCAAGAAGAACCUGGUCAAGAGUGUUAAGCUGUGA